AUGGCGUCUGAUGAGCUUCCUGUUCGCCCCGCUGGGUCUGCGGUCAAGGCCGUCGUUGAGGGCCCCAACUCGCUCGCUGUCGCCUUUGGCAGGGAGCUGUCUAUGGCUUCUCGCUCGGUCCAUGCCGAUGACUAUAUCAACAAUCACCAGGCCGUGGCUCCCCCCAUGCACGUUUCUACCACUUUCCGAUAUAACCGGGACCCUGAACAGUUGAGACCAUGGGACAAUCUCAACCCCAAUGCCCCUUAUGACUCUCACGUGUACUCUCGAGACAGUGCACCAAACACCACCCGCUUCGAGGCCAUCCUCACCUCGCUCCUCGGAGCCCCGUCACUCAGUUAUGCAUCCGGUCUUGCCGCCUUCCACGCCAUGAUUGUCUUCCUCAACCCCAAACGUGUGGCUAUCGGCGGUGGUUAUCACGGCUGCCAUGGCAUUCUCCACAUCAUGAAGAAGCUCAACGGCCUCGAGCAGCUUGAACUGGAGGACGAUGCCGACCUUGCCAAGCUCGAAAAGGGCGAUGUUAUUCACGUCGAGACACCCCUUAACCCCACGGGCGAGGCUCGCGACCUGGCUUACUACCGCAAGAUGGCCGACGAAAAGGGGUGCUAUCUCACCGUUGACGCCACCUUUGCCCCCCCCCCUCUGAUGGAGCCCUUCAAGUACAACGUCGAUAUCGUCAUGCACUCUGCCACCAAGUAUUUCGGCGGCCACUCCGACAUGCUUGCCGGUGUCCUCGCCAUCCGCCCAGACAGAGCCGAGAAGUGGCUCCCAGAGCUCAGGGAGGAGCGCCUCCACCUUGGAGGUGUGAUGGGCUCUCUUGAAGGCUGGCUUGGCGUCCGUAGUGUCCGCACUUUGGAACUGAGAGUCAAGCGCCAGAGCGAGAGCGCCCAGAAACUGGUUGACUUCCUUGCCGAGAAGAAGGCGGCCGGCGACAACAGCAACAUCAUUGCGCAGUCUGUCUUCAAGAUUCAGCACGCUUCUCAGCAGCCGGAGGCAAAGGAUGAGAACUCGUGGCUGAGGAAGCAGAUGCCCAAUGGGUUUGGGCCGGUGUUUAGCUUGUGGUUGGAGAGCGAGGAGAAGGCGAAGAGGUUGCCUAGCAAGCUGCAGUUGUUCCACCAUGCCACGAGUCUGGGUGGAGUGGAGAGUUUGAUUGAGUGGAGGGCGAUGACGGAUCCCAAGGUGGAUAGGAGGUUGUUGAGAGUUAGCAUCGGUGUGGAGGGGUGGGAGGAUUUGAGGGAUGACUUGGUGCAGGGGCUGGAGAGGUUGAAGGAGGAGGGGUUUUAG